AUCGUCUGUUCGUUCGCGUACGCUCAUCGCCACGUUGGAAGACUUGACACAGGCCGUUAUAAACCGAAAGAGAGACGUGUAUAAGUCUCUGUGUUUUAUUUUAAAGUCUCUCUCUAUUUACAGCCGCCCAAAAAUAAUACUGUCAAGAUGAAAGUCAAGGAACUACUGAAGACCGUGAAUGUAGCAUGGUCUCCGCCAGCCCAGCAUCCCAUCAUGCUGGCAGCUGGCACAGCAGCACAGCAGCUAGAUGCAAGUUUCAGUACAUCUGCCAGCUUAGAUUUGUAUUCGCUGAAUUUACAACAACCUGGAUACGAAAUGGAACUCCAAGUCAGUGUACCCAGUGAUCACAGGUUUCAUAAAAUCACUUGGGGUCCUUUUGGUAAUAAUCCAGGCGUAAUUGUUGGAGGUUGCGAGGAUGGCACUAUAAAAAUUUAUUCUGCUGCUAAGUUAUUAGCCAGAGAAAGUAAUUGCCUGAUAAAUAGUCCUCAUCGACAUUCUGGUCCUGUUAGAGCGAUGGAUUUUAAUCCUUUUCGAGAUGAAAAUCAAUUAGCUACAGGUGCGACGGAAAGUGAGAUUUAUAUCUGGGAUAUUAACACAAACACAUCUACAACUCUGUCCAGAAGUCAGCAAUCAGAGGAAGUCCAACACAUUGCUUGGAACAAGCAAGUACAUUUAAAAGAUAUUCUUGCCUCCACAUUUUCACAAUAUUGCAUUAUAUGGAAUGUGAAAGAAAAGAAACCGAUAUUUAAAUUGACAGAUACGAAUUCGAGGGUACGUUGGAAAGUUGCUCAGUGGCAUCCAGAUAUUGGAACACAAUUAUGCUUAGCAUCCCAGGAUGAUCAAACACCUAUUAUUGAAUUAUGGGACGUGAGGUUUCCAACGUCACCUUUGAAAACACUGCAAAGUCAUCAGCGUGGUGUUCUUUCAAUUGCAUGGAAUCUGCAUGAUUCAGACUUACUUUUGAGUUGUGCCAAAGAUAACAGAAUUCUGUGCUGGAAUCCCAAUUCAAACGCACCGAACGGUGAGGUGAUAUGUGAAGUAGCCCAAACACCGCAGUGGAACUUUGAUGUAUCUUGGUGUCCAAGAAAUCCAGGAUUAAUUGUUGGCAGUAGCUUUGACGGUCAUGUCAUUGUCUACUCUUUACUAGGUGGACAACAACAAGAAACUGAAUCUAACAAGAUAAUGGAUUCAUUCCCAGGAAUGGAUCCCUUCACCCAAUCUACAGCACAAGCAAGAACGACAGCAGUAUUAAUAAAAGCUCCCAAAUGGUUAAAAAGGCCGAUUGGAGCAUCGUUUGGAUUUGGUGGUAAAUUGAUAAUCUUUGAAAAUCGACCUGCCGAUCCAAAUUUAGCAAACAGAAAGGAAGAUUUAAACAGAAAAGUUAUUAUAUCACAAGUAAUCACACAGCCAAGUCUUAUUCAACGUUCCAACAAAUUGAAAGCAACGCUGGAGACUGAACAGUACAGCGAUUUCUGCAAGGAAAAGAUGGAAAAAUCUCUGGAUGAGCACACCAAGAAAAUCUGGAGUUGUGUGCGUGCUUACUUCGAUGACAAUGUGACAAAGAGUAUAUUGGAAUUAUUAGGCUACAAUAUUGAUACAAUGAACAAUAAACUAAAUCAGUUUGUACCUCAGGACGAUAUAAGCAAUAUUGUAGAAGGUGUCUCUAAUCUUAAUAAUAUACUGAAUGGAAAUGUUAUAGCCGAUAGUGCUGUAUUUGAUGCCAUUCCGCAGGAACAAGGCAAAAAACAAGCAUUAAACAAAUCUGCAGAUUACACUAUAAAUACUUCUGAUGAUGAGGAUGGUCUUAUCACUCAAGCUAUCCUCUUAGGAAAUAUUGAGGCCGCCGUAUCUUUGUGCUUUUCUAGUAAAAGGUACGCCGACGCUGUAAUUCUUUCGAUGGCCGCUGGUCCUGAGCUACUAGCGCGUACCCAGUUCAGAUACUUUUCGGAGCAUUCCAGUGCAUUAAAUUCUCUCAUCAAUUCAUUAGUUAGCGAGAAUUGGGGAGAAGUUGUCAAGAAUUGUGACAUAAAGUGCUGGAAAGAGGCGUUAGUCGGUAUAUUUACAAAUUCCAGUAUGCAGGAACGAUCUGCUCUAUGUGAUACGCUCGGCGAUCGUUUGAUGUCCUCCGAGAAUCCCGCUCUUAAGAAGCAAGCGCAGAUCUGUUACAUUUGCUCCGGCAAUUUGAACAAGUUGGUUGAAGUGUCCAACGCCGACACCCAAGACGUGGUAGAACUGGUCGUGAUAAUGCAGAAAGCUUUGGAGCUUCAGGGUAUCAGGGAAAUUCAUAUAGAGGAUAAAAUCGCCUCCGUGCUAUCUCAGUACGCUGAAAUGUUGGCGACGGAGGGCGAUCUGGAAGCUGCCUUGAAUUAUCUCGGAAACAGUCAAGAGCAGAGAGUUGCGAUGUUGAGGGAUCGUUUGUGCAAGGCGCUGAGUUACACGCAGGAGCAGAGGAGCGUCGCAAGACCCGCCGGUCAAAACUAUUACUACGAACAGACCAUUCCGGGAAGAACCAUUCCGUCGCAGAACCCGCAAAACGCGUACAAUCCUCUGCAACAGCCGUUCCAACAAGCAACACCCGCGCAGACUUUGCAAAACGCUUACAAUCCGCUGCAACAGCCGUUACAGCAGACGUCAACACCUGUUCAGAACUGGAACACGACUCCGCUGAAGCAAACUUACGGAGCCCCUGCAAAUCAGACGCUUCAGAACCCUCAGCUAUAUGGAAUGCCGCCACCAGGAGGUCCUCAGCCUAUUCAGACGCAACCUGCGAUCUACGAUCAGUAUUCCACGUCGUCGCAUUCGUAUAACCAGGCUCCAAUUGUUCAGCCACCUCCACCGCCACCUCCGUCGGGUUCCAAUUUGAGCGGCUCGAGACCGUCCAGCGUCGGUCCGCAGUCGAGAUCGAAGUAUCUGAUUGAUCCAUCUGUAAAAUCCACCCCUGCGUACAGCCAGGGCGGCUUUCCGUCGUCAAAUCCGAUGUACAAUUCCCAACAGAUCACUCCCGUUCCCGGUUAUCCUAUGCAGAACGCGUAUCAACCUCAAGGUUCUAUGCCCGCUAACACGUAUGUCAGUCAGCCGUCGAGUUUCAUGAACAAUCCUAAGGAAGCCGAACCAUACAAGCCGCUUCAACCCAAUAUCAUUCAGCCUCCGUUGCAAAACGCGCCUCAGGCUCAAAUGUACGACCCCACCAGAGCUGCUCAGCCACCUUCACAAAUGCAGACGGGGAACGGAAAUUUAUAUCAGUUCUCUCAGCCGCCACAGUCUGGAUGGAAUGACCCGCCGAUCGGGAAAAGUUCCAAAGCACAGUCGAAAUCUGAAUAUCAACCACAAAAUCCAAUUUUGCAACCAUUGCGAAGUAAUCAACUGGAACCGAGUCCAUUACCACAAGAUCAUUUCUAUCAAGAGCAUCGCACAUCUUAUAAUACACAACAAUAUGGACAAGGCAUAUCGAAUACUGCACCAAUUAACAAACCAGUUGAACCAUUAUUACAACCUGCGAUGCCUGUUGCUCCUGCAAAAGUGGUGGAACCAGAAAAACCUAAAGCACCUAUUCCCGAGCAACAUAUACAUCUGAAGACGAUAUUGGAUGAAUUGAAAAAUCAGUGUUACGAAGAUGCGAAGAAUCCACAAAUCAAAAGGAAGAUAGAAGAUGUAUCGAGAAAAUUAGAAGUGUUGUACGAUUGCCUUAGAGAGAAUAAGUUGUCUCAAAAUACUUUACAAGGAUUACAUCAAAUAUCACAAAUGAUACAAAAUGGCAAUUAUACAGGAGGAUUAGAUUUGCAUACGCAAUUAGUAUCAGGACCAGAUUUUAGUCAAAUUGCUUCCUUUAUGCCUGGGAUUAAAGUAUUACUUCUAAGUGCCCUUCAAUUAGGCGUUUAUAUUAGAUAGAAUCAUUUAAUUGCAUAUUACAUAUUAUAUUCAUGAAUUUUUAUAAUUCUAAAUAUCCUUAACAAAAUAAUUAUUUGCAUUAACUUUAUAUAACAAUUAGUAUACACCAUUGUAGCAUAAUGGUAUUCAAACGUUGAAUUACGUAUCAUUUAUCUAUCAUAUUUUACAUAUUUUCCUUUAAAAAUUGUAUAUUUUAUUAGAAU